AAUGUCACCACGAUAGUGAAACAUUGCCAAUAGUGUUGCAGGUCGCAUGGCAAAUAGCAGAAAAUAAGCUGGAAAUCCCUUCGAUCUGUUUUGAUCCCUGACAUGAAGAGAAGUAAGGAGGACCAAUGAUUUUAAUGAUCUAAAAACAAUCAUAUGCUAGACUAAGAGGGGUAAAAUUUGCAAGCAAAUACAUAUAUAUAUAUGAUGACCAGCCCCUCCAGCUCUGUCCUGCCACUUGCUACAUUAUGCAAUAAUUGAACACCAGUUAUAUAUAUCAGCCUUUUGGCAUAGUGGUUUAGCAUCUUAUAUGAUCUGGCGGCCCAGAUCCAGCGUGGGUUCGAAUCCUGGGAGUCUUUCUGACAUUGGUUCCCACGCCGGGAAUUGAGCCCGGGCCAUGGCGGUGAGAGCGCAAAAUUCUAACCACUAGACCACAUGAGACGGGAGUCAGGAUGCUGUUUCUUUCUGUUUCUACUCCUUUCUUACACAACCAAUGGCAUUACAUAAAGUUAUAGUAUGUCCCUGGAUAUGCUGCAUAUGUUACAAAAUUGAUUUUCGCGGUGAUGCAGCCAAACCGACAAAAUUUUCAGUUCUCCAGUGCAGAAUUGUGACGUUCUAAACAAACUAACGGAGGGGGCCCCGAAUUCGCCACUGUACCGCAAAUUCGCCACUUUUUGUUUUCUUCAUUUUUGAGGUGGAAGGGGAAAAUGUUAUGAUUACUUCAAUUAUACUUCCAAAAUAUGACUAUCAAACAUUAAUAUGCAUGAAGUCUUUUGAUCGUAUCUAUUCAAGCAGAGACGGGCGGAGCAACAACAGGAAGAAAGGACACACGGCACGAGUACCAUGUUUGGGCGGCAGCACUGGCGACAGCGACCGACGUCUAUUCCCAGGUUGUUUUAUAUCGAAAAAAUGAUUCUGGAAACCACAUAUCACAUCGAAAGAAUUCUUAAAGAUAUUCCCAAACUGUAAAAUAAAGAUUGGUAUGGAAAUCUGUCGUGUGGUGUAUCUUUUAAGCCAGUUAUUUUGACAAGAUUGUUGAAGUUUUCAUGCCAUCGAACGUCUGACUUGUCGAUCGAACGUGCACUACAUUUCGGUGGUUCGAAUUUCCGAAGAUCCAGAAUGAAGACAUAAAAAGGUGAGAUCUCGUUACAUUUUCUAUAAAUAACCUGACAAACCAAGUCAAUAGAUACAUAAGAACAAUGUAUUAAGUUAUAUCGUAUGUCUAUAACACUAAUAGGGUUGAAUUUCGUGAGAGAAACGACAUAUUCAACCUCCUGUAAGCUGAAACGUUGCUGGUAAAAAUAUGGGCAAAAUUUAUGAAGGGCAACGAAAACAUCUGACAUCCAGCCAAGAAAAUACCAGUCGAUUUUAUCCGAGUAACUUCCUUUGCUCAUGUAGGGCCAAACACAAUUCUUGCCUCUCUUGGUUGAGUGAUUUCGGUCGCUGAUCACCACUCCAAAUUGUCCGUGACCGACAUUUACGCCCCGGUGCCGAUCCGCCAGCAUUAUGGGGUCAACUCGUGACCUCUACGGCAUGUACCAUUCUAUCUGAUGACGUCAAUGUAGGGGAGGAGUAAUUUGCACUUCCUUGUAAUCACAGCAAAAAGUCAAAAACAGAGCUAGAAUGCAGACGACGAAUACUAGCUAUUACUUAAUUAGUAUAUAAUUUACAUGAAAGGUGAUUAGAUGUGUGCACAAUGCCCUGUGUAUGCAUUCCCUACCGUCAACUGUUGGUUGUGAAGCUGAUAUGACAGCGACUUAGCAAUGGUACGACCAGGGCGCGUGCAUUUAAUCCCAGGGGUGUCAGGCAUAUCAUUUUUUCUUGCGAUUAGGCCACAAGUGAAAUUUAUGGAUGACAUUAUACAAAUAUAUUGCGCAUUGAUUUCGGAAAACAACCAGGCAUUCUGGUAGCCUUUAGCGGUGGUGAACAUAUGAAAAUGAAAAUGUGAAAAUAUGUCAUAAAGGCUAGACUUCUAUCGGUCCUAUACCGUAAUAAGGCGCAUUGCUGUUGUCUUUGGUUUCCUGGCGACAUGAUUACUGAGAAACAAUAGCAUACUAGUAGCAAAUGUCAAUGAUGUGUAAUGUUGGAGUUUAAUGACAAAUAGUCUUGAUUGUAAAUCGAUCAAUGCAAACUAUUUUUUUCUUCGUUACCUUCCACACAGGCCGCAAAAAUGGACCUCCAACAGCCGUUGUCCGUAAAUGGCUUGGGGACAACCCCCAUAAAGUCCAACGUCAAGGCAUAUAAAACAUACAGUGACGCCCAGAUGCAAGAGGCUAUCUCCGCAGUGAAGGAAGGUUUGACGCCUAACAAGGCCUCAAAACUCUUCAAGGUACCGAGAAAAACGUUAACAGACAAGUUAAAAGGUUCGCACCCCCUUGCCCAUGGAGGGCAGACCGUCUUAAGUAAAGGAGAUGAGCUUGCCCUUGAAAGCUACGUGGCCCAAAUGGCUGAAUGGGGCCAUCCCAUUUCAGUACGGAUACUAAAAGCCCUGGCCGGUGAAAUCCACGAGCGAGAGUGCAAGAAGUCAGAUGCUGCUCCACGGUUUCGGGAGACAAAAGCCACGGGGCGGCUUGUGGCUGGUAGGAAGUGGUGGCGUUCAUUCAAAAAACGACAUCCGACGAUCACCCACAGAGCCCAGGAUCCGCUGUCCAGAGAGCGGGCUAAGAUGUCGAAUCAAGAUGUCAUCGAUGCUUUCUUCAAGCUGUACACUGACAUAUUGGACAAGAACAACCUACGCAGUAAACCGCACCUCAUCCACAACUGCGAUGAGACGGGGAUCUCUAUGGAGAUCAAUAGAGGAAGGGUCCUGGUUCCCAAGGGUGUUCGGGGAGUACCGUCCAGAAGUUCUGGUACAAAGGACAGAGUAACCUUCCACUUGGCAAUCACCGCAGAGGGAAAGGCGCUUGCCCCUAUGAUCAUUUAUAAGCAAAGUUUCCCAAGUGGUGCCUACGCCCAGAAAGGACCAGAUAACUGCUUAUAUGCUGUGUCGGAAUCUGGGUUUACAGACAAAGACUUGUUCGAGAAAUGGUUUUGCAACCAUUACAUAAGGCAUAUUCCAAAGGAGAGACCUGUCCUGCUCACCAUGGACCAAUGUGAAGCCCACCUGUCGGUCAAGACAAUCGAAACAGCCAUGAAGGAGAAUGUGAUCCUCCUUGGUCUUCCCCCACACACCUCGCACUUCCUACAACCGCUAGAUAAGACGUGUUUCUCGUCCUUAAAAGACACACUUGGGAACAUCGUCCAAGGUUUGAUCUUCGAGAAUGCUCAGUUCCAGUUGAGCAAACGGAACAUCAGCCGAGUGCUGAAUUCAGCCUUCGAGAAGGCUUUCACGAUUCCUACAGUCAAGAAGGGCUUUCAGGCUACUGGUCUGUACCCUGUUAACCCAGAUGUAGUACCCAAGCGUUGGCUUACUGUUGGGGAGGUAGCCAAUCAGGAAACCCCAACCCCAAAGGAGAGCGAAGACCAAACAUGUCAACCGUGCGGUGCCCAGGGGUGCCAAACCUGUGGCCCACGGCGUGCCCACUCGUUGGUCGGGAGGCUGGUCCCAGAAGAGUUGGCAGAUCUCCUCGUUCCUCCACUGCUUCCACAAAAGAAGACGAGAGUUUCGAAAGAAAUCAAGAAGGCAAGGGUAUUCACCACGCAAGCUGUGUUAGAAGAGCAGAUGGAGAAGAAGAGGAAGAGGGAAGAAAGAUUGGCGAAAAAAAAGACGGGGACCAGUGCGAAUGCAAAGAGACAAAAGAAGACAGAAGACACGGAGGAGAGAACGACGAAAGGGGAAGCAGAGGAGAAGGUACCGGAAGACAGAGGUGAGGCAGAGGAAAGGCGAUCUGCACAUCGUAUGACCAGUGCGAAUGCGGCUGCAAAGAGACAAAAGAAGACAGAAGACACGGUGGAGAAAACGAGGAAAGGUGAAGCAGAGGAGAAGGUACCGGAGGACAGAGGAAAGGCAGAGGAAAGGCGAUCUGCACAUCGUCGUCUGUGUAGGCCACCGUCCUACCUUAAAGACUACAACAUUACAUGUCUGUAGUGCAAGUUAUCGUAUAGUUAAUUGCAAAUUUAAUAGCUGUAGCACACCUCAAGAAGUUUUUCUUCACUGUUAUUAUUGUGGCUGAUGAAGGGCCACAUUUUGCUAUAUGCGCUAGCAAGGGAAUGAAAUGUAAAAAGAAUUUAAUUUGAUAAGCAAUCACAUGGGAAUGAAAUGUAAAAUGAAUUUAAUUUGAUAAGCAAUCACAUGGGAAUGAAAUGUAAAAAGAAUUUAAUUUGAUAAGCAAUCACAUGGGAAUGAAAUGUAAAAAGAAUUUAAUUUGAUAAGCAAUCACAUGGGAAUGAAAUGUAAGAAGAAUUUAAUUUGAUAAGCAAUCACAUGGGAAUGAAAUGUAAAAAGAAUUUAAUUUGAUAAGCAAUCACAUGGGAAUGAAAUGUAAGAAGAAUUUAAUUUGAUAAGCAAUCACAUGGGAAUGAAAUGUAAAGUAGAAACUUAUCCUGAUAGAUAAUGGUAUGUGAUGUACAGAAAUGAAAGUAAAUGUCAACUUGCUCUGAUAAAUAUAAACUUAUGGUUAAAAGUUGAAAAUGUUAAUUAAGAGUUUCAACACACUUCAAUAUUGAUAAAUAUAACACGUUUGAACAAUGUUUUGAAUUAUCAUUUAAAUUUUUAACAAUCGCAAAGAUAGAUGAACAAUCCUGCACUUUUACAAUUACAUGGUAACGUCAACCUUGAUUACAUAAUAUUCCUUCUUCAGAUAGGCAUCAUGUACGAUGCAGGAUAGGCCACUCAGGGAGCCCUCGCCGACAAGGUUCAGGACCUCGUCCUUAUCCUUAUCUCUGAUCCAUCCACAGGGGACGCACUCGGUCGCAUUUGUCGCAUAAACCAUCAGCCCGGCUUUUGGUGCGCCGGGCCGAUGGUACCUCUCGAUCUUCAGGCGCAGCUGCCCCGGGGCCUCCUCCUCGCUCUCCACGACCCACCUCGCCCCGUCGUUGUGGUGGAAGGUCUGCAGCGUCAGAC